UUUGUACAUGCUAUGGUCAACAUUUUAAUCAAGCAUAUGAAAAAUUGCCAUGAUCGUAGUCAGAAAGUCAUUGAAUUCAAGGAACCAGGUGAAUUAAAGCAAUUGAUUAACUUUGAAUUACGAGAAAAGCCAGAGAGUAUGGCAGCUGUAAUGGAAUACUGUCGCCAGACAUUGCAUUAUUGCACUAAAUCUGGGCAUCCACGAUUUUAUAAUCAGCUCCACAGUGGUAUAGACGUGGUUAGUGUCUGUGGUGAAUGGCUAGCGGCUACAGUUAGCACUAACAUGGCAACUUAUGAGAUUGCUCCUACUUUUCUAUUAAUGGAAGAAGCUGUCCUGAGGCAUAUGACACAACUUAUUGGUUUCCAUGAUGGAGAUGGUAUCUUUGCACCAGGUGGAUCAUUAUCCAACAUGAUUGCCAUCAAUCUGGCGAGAUAUCGAAAAUUUCCAGCAUCCAAGUUGAAAGGGCUUUUUUCAUUGCCUAGGAUGGCGGUCUUAACAUCCAAUCAUAGUCAUUAUUCGUUUCAAAAAGGAUCUCAUUUUAUGGGUUUGGGGCAAGAAAAUGCCGUUAUAGUAAAUUGCGAUUCAGAAGGUCGUAUGUCAAUUUGCGAUUUAGAAGACAAAAUUGUCCACCUUUUAUCACAGGAUAUUGUACCAAUUAUGGUCACUGCUACAUGUGGAACCACAGUUUAUGGUGCAUUUGAUCCUGUGGAUGAAAUUGCUAAUCUAUGUCAACGAUAUGAUAUAUGGUUUCAUGUCGAUGCUUCUUGGGGUGGUGCUGCACUAUUUUCUGAUCGGAAGCGACAUCUUAUGAAAGGUGUACAUCGAGCUGAUUCUGUGACUUGGAAUGCACAUAAAUUUAUGGGAUGUCCAUUUCUAUGCUCCGUACUUUUAACUAAAACUAAGGGGAUUUUGCACGAAUGUAAUGAAAUUGUGGCACCUUAUUUAUUCCAACAAGAUAAGAUGACUUAUGAUGUAUCUUAUGACACAGGAAAUAAAACCAUUCAAUGUAGUCGCCGAAUCGAUAUUAUGAAACUAUGGCUGAUGUGGAAAGCAAAGGGAGACGAGGGAUUUACUAAGAAAGUCAAUCAUGCUUGCGAGCUUGCCAAUUACUUAAUCGAGAAAAUUCGAAAUCGCGAAGGUUUUAAAUUAGUUCAUCAAGUAAGCGGUUCUCCCAUGUACCUUAAUGUUUGCUUCUGGUAUAUUCCCAAAGCUUUACGAGAUAUGGCAGACGACGAAAUAAAGCGAGCAAAAUUAAGCAAAGUAGCACCACAAAUUAAAGCUGGAAUGACCAAAAGAGGAUCAAUGAUGGUGGGUUUUCAACCAGUAGAUGAUAAAGUAAACUUUUUUCGUAUGAUUUUAAUAAAUUAUAAUACGACGCUUGAAGACAUGGACUUUAUUCUCGAUGAAAUUGAGACACUAGGAGAAGCUGUUAAGGUUUAA